UCCAAGUCCAGUUAAAGGACUCGCUUCGUCAUCAUUGAAAGUCUCAGAGCACGAGCUCAGAGCUCUGGAGUUCUUCUGCGCCAAGACGGCUCCUGAUCUUGGAAUGUAUUUCGACAAUCAUUUCUGGAGAUCAUUGCUUGUGCAAGCCAGCCUGGUUGAGCUCGCACUCGCUCAUGCUGUCGUGACUGUGGGCGUAUUUGCUGAACAGCGCUCGGGACUAUGUGGCAACGAGCAGCGCAAUCUGGAGACCUCGCAUGAACAUAUGGCUCGCGCCACUUACAACAAAUCAAUCACACAACUUGCAAAACUUUCUGUAUCUGCGAACGACAACACAGAAGUAAUACUGUUGGCGUGCAUCUUGUACAUCUGCGUCGAGUUCCUGCGCGGCAACGAAGAAGAGGCAGUUCGACACUUCAAUGGAGGCAUGGCCAUCAUCGCGAACCUCAUAGCUGGAAAGGACGGCUCAUCUGCUGCAGACAGGACAAUUGAUGGGAUCCGAAGCACAGGCAUCCUGACGUUCUUCAACCGUUUGGAAAUGCUGGCUGCACUGUUCGAUAACGACUCUUCUUGGCCAUAUGCAGUCACGCUGCAGGAAAGUAUUCCAAGCGAAUUCCACUCCAUUAGCACGGCUCGUGAUAGCCUCGUUCACCUCAUGAAUCUUUCUCUCCGAUUCAUCCGCAGUGUCGGUCUCGCCAAAUACGACCUAUCAUUCGCCAAUACUUACCACGCUGCUUUUGACGAACAGCGAAUUCUACUCCGCCAUCUUCAGCUCUGGCGCUCUCGAUUCUCCGCUUACCAAGCUCGACACGCAUCUGGUCUAAGCUCCACAGACUUCUACGCUUGCAACGUUCUCGAGAUACAAAGACUUGUCGCAGACAUUUGGGUAAAAACGACGAUGACACCGCUCGAAUGCGCACAUGAUGAGCAUAUGCCAGCAUUAGAAGCGAUCAUCACGCUCGCAGAGCAACUUUCGACCAUGGUAGAUGGCACCAAAAGCCAGCGGGAACGUGCACGAUACAACAAUACCUUCCUUCUCGACACGGAGAUCGUGGGACCUCUGCAUUGGGUCAGUAUUAAGUGUCGAGACCCUACUCUGCGUCGACGAGCAAUUAAUGUACUGCGCGGGACAGAUCGUCGAGAAGGAAAGUGGGAUUCUAGAAUGUCGGUCGCAGUCGCGGAACGCGUGAUGGCUAUUGAAGAGGAGGAACUCCUCCACGGAGAUCUGCCGAGCGAGGAGGCGAGGGUGCAUAUUGUGAGCAUCAAGAGUGAUGCAGGCUUGGGGCCGUCGAAACAUGCACUCACGUUCUUCACUAAGCCCGAUGGUGUGUAUGGGGACUGGAAAGUGUGGCAGGAAGUUGUGCAAUCGACCAGGUGAAAGGCCCAUCUCUAGCCGCAGUCCCAUCUUCAAUGUCCGUGGCUGCCACUUGAAAUUUUUGUAUCGUUCGAUGGUUUUUCAAAGGAAGAGACAUGGUUGUCGGGCUUUCUAGGACUGCUGUCGGAGCAUAUCGUGAGAAGCGGAUGUGGGCUGAGCAAGAGUCGCGGCACUCAAGGUCCUGGGUACUUCGGAAAUAGAGAUGAUGACAGGAGCCCAACUGCGGCAGCGAUUAUUGCAGAUGAAUGGACGUCUGUGAAGUGAAUGGUCGCGGCGAAUCUCGGUGAGCUGAAGGUGAAGGUGCGGUCUGGACCGG